ACGAGAAACAAGUAAAAAUAAAAUUUUAAGUAUGUACAUAACCAUAUUGCGUGUCUAAUGAUGCUAAAAAGGCCUAAACUAAAAAGUCUUUUUUUGGUACUAGAAGAGUAUAAUUUUCGAUAGUUUGCUAUCCGCUAUAGGUUCAAAAAAAGAUGAUCAAUGAAUAACGAAGACGAAAAUUUGGAGAAAACAAGCGGAAAUAAGGGGCACAUAGAAUUUUUAAGUAUCAACGAGAAAUGAAUUUUUGGCGUUUUUACCUUAAGUUAUUUUGAUGGUAUUAAAAUCAUGAUAUUUAAAUCAUCCAGUAAAAAUACAGCUUAAUCUUUCCCUUAAAGGUAUUCCUCUUGUCUUCACAAUCAAUCCUUGGUGUUUGUUAUGUUAUUGGCAGAAGAGUCGUUAUUUGAGCUUAACAAAUUAUCACUUAAAUGUUCUCUUCAACCUUCCGGCUGUGUGUAAUAGCAGGAUAAACAUUUUGAAUUAUGAAACUACCACAUCCUGUGGCUGCGGUAUUUCAUCCUGUCAAUUUAUCUUAUCAGAUAUUCGUACUUCUUGAGACUUUCUGAAAAUAAUUUUUUUUUAUGAUAUAACAACGCAAUGUCUUCUUCAGUAUUUUAUCUGCUUCCGUAAAGUAUGUAUCCCUUUAGUAAAUACUGCUGUUACGGAGCUUUUCUGUUGAACAUUCAGACUUGCAUCUUCGCCUAUAACUUUGAUGUGGAUAAUCUGAUUAUUUAUGAAAAUCCAGCCGAGGUAUCUAUGAAUUCUCGCGCAAGUUACGCUGGAUUUUCUGUACUUCUUAAAAACUCUGAAAAUGCUGGGUCAUCAAUUUUCAUCGGAGUGCCACGAGCUAAUUCGUCUGCAUACCACGGAUCAAAAGAACCUGGAACUGUAUUUAAAUGUGGAAUCAUGAAUUCGUGCAAAGAGUUCGUCGUUGGUGGUGUAGGCACAAAAAAACCAGGAGAUAAUUGCUGGCUUGGAAGCUCGAUGAGCAUAUCAAAUGGAAGCAAAUCAAAUAUGAUGGUACGUUCAAAGUCCAUUUAUUUAAGUUAUGAAUUAAACGUUCUUCUCAGACUAUGUUCUAUACAGGUGUGCGGACCUAGGUGUUUAGACAAAGAUGACUAUGAAUAUCAAAGUUCCGCGUAUCCUAUGGAAGGUUUAUGUUACAAGGCUGAUCCUGAAAGUUAUGGAUCUGGAUCAGCGAUAAGGUUGCCAAAGAUUUCAUACAAACGAGUAACAAAUUAUGGGUUGAUCGCAUCACUCGGAUUUUCCAUACAUGCUAACUCCCGGGAUCCAGAUAAAUUCAUCAUUGGUGCUCCAGGAGUAGAGCGUGCUCAGGGAGAGGUAUUUCAAUACACCGUUGACAGUAAUGGCAAUGGCUAUGGAAAUGACUUUGUCUCCCUUGGCACUGAUUCGAAAUCUUUCCAAUUCUGGAGCAAUUCCGGCUAUGCGGUCACAUCAGGUUAUUAUUUUGAUUCGUCUGGGGGCCUUUUAUAUGGGACUGGAAUACCGAGGGCUGCAAAUCUUCGUGGUAGAGUCGUGAUCUUCAAGAACAUAGGCCAUCCCUACGUGAUGACUGUCGACAAUGCCAGUUUUGACGGAAACCAAGUUGGUGAAUAUUUUGGCUCUGCAUUGGCGUCCUGUGACGUAGACGGAAAUGGAAGAGAUGAACUAUUGGUGGGUGCUCCGCAAUGGACUAAACAUGUGGACGAGGGUAGAAUCUAUGUUUUCAGAACAAAUUCCAAUAACAAAUUUGAAAUUUGGCAAACCUUUGAGGGGCAGAUAUUGUAUGGAAGAUUUGGCUCAGCCAUCACCUGUCUGGGUGAUAUAGACCGUGAUGGGUAUGCAGAUGUUGCAGUUGGCGCUCCUUACGCUGGCAAUGGGAUGGUCUACAUAUUCAAUGGUGGUAAAAGUGGGCUUCGAAAAAGUCAACAAAUCUCUGCUCCCCUCAAUACCAAGGGUUUUGGAAUUUCAAUGUCGGCGUUUGACAUCGACGAAAAUGGUUUUCCCGAUUUGGCUGUAGGAGCAUAUUUGUCUGGCCACGUAAUUUUAUACAGAUCUAAGUCGGCUGUUACUAUGACAGUUACAUUGACCAGUCUAUCAAAGAGUCGCUCUCUUAACCAAACAGCCCGGUUCUUUGACGUAAAAUUUUGUUCCUCUUAUUCGGGAAACCAUGCACCUCGAUCGCUUGAUGUCACUUCGAAGUUAACCGUUGACGAAAUUUAUCAGAGAGCAGUCGUUAAUUUCCAGGGUAGAUCUCAACAAACUCAUGAAUACAAUCAUACUAUUUUUUCGAGUUCCCAGUCGGCCUGUGAAACCUUCUCAAUAAAAUUGAAAGAUAAAAUUGCAGACUUUCUCAAUCCGAUCAGUCUCUCUGUCAGUCAAAAUCUACGUGCAGUUGGUCAAGCCACGGGGGCAGUGCUGGUAAAAAACGAAGAGAUAACCGGCGAAGAUCAUUUCUGUGUCAAUUGUCCUGUAAUAAACCCAUUCAAUCCAAUGGCUGAAAGUCACCUCAUCAUUCCAUUUGAGGUAAAAUGUGGCAGCGACGCGGUCUGUGAUGCUAACUUACAAAUCAAUAUGACAACUAACUUGAAAAAUCCUGGCUAUUAUGUGAUCGAUUCUGUUCCUUACAUCACAUUGACUAUCGAUGUACGGAAUACCGGAGAAGCAGCUUACUUAACCAAGGUGGUCGUGCGUAUUCCAAUCACUGUUAGGAUCCGUUUGAUCCCAAUAACUUGUACCAGUUUGGAAACAGAAUCUGGAAUCACCGUAACUUGUGAUAUCGCGAAUCCCCUGAAUUCCGAUACAACGAAAUCUGUGCGCAUGGAUUUGGAUAUGUCCCAAGUAACGAGCGAUAUCAAAGAAAUUGUCUUUGAAGCGUCAGCGAACACACAGAGUAGGAACGCUGCUAAAGACGGCGUGACGAGACAUCGCAUAGAGUGCGAGGUAGAAACCGAUAUUGGAAUCACCGGGAAAGCUGAAAUGGACCAAUAUUCGUUCAUCGUUAAGGGAGAUGUGGAUGAGUCACCGAAUAUAUUCUUCCAACAUAAUUACCUGAUUCAAAACUACGAAGUAACUCAAAUUAAAGAGGCCCUGCUCAGUAUAUCUUUUCCAACGCAUUUUAUGCAGGACAGUGGGGAAAUUGAAGUGGCAAAAUUGAAUCAAACUACCGGUUACCUGGACGGGCAAGAAUUUACUUGUACAGGAGCAGAUACAUUGUUAAAUAGAUCCCAAGCAUUGAGUUAUGAUGCAACUACAAUGAACCGGUGGUUGACCAAUGGAAAAUCUGAGAUACUAGAUAAAAAGUUCACCAUCAUUGAGAACAGAGUAUAUGCAGCCUCUCCUUCCAACAGAACACUGAAUAUUAAUUGUACCAAUCCUUCCGUUAAAUGUACAACUAUCAAUUGCAAGCUCGAUGUGUUCAAGAAUAAACAGUCCACGGCAAAACUGGUUCUUCUCUUUGACUUACAAUUGUCAAAUGUUACCGAUAAACUGAUUCAAGAUAAGGAUAUCAUUUUUUUUGUGUCCAACGCCAGCGUAAAAAUCAAUAUACCGUCCAUCGAGUCGCUAAGUGGCAAUAACGUGCCGGAUUUGAUAAUGAUUGGUACAGUGUUCAUCGAGACCUAUGCAGAAAGUCAAGUACCGAUAUGGGCGAUAGCUCUAUCAAUUUUCAUUGGAUUACUACUUUUAGUAUUGAUUAUCGUUGGGUGUUUCAAGUUCGGCUUUUUCAACCGCACUAAGAAAUUGGAACUUCAAGCGUUAUUGAAGCAAAAAGUUGACGUAACUUCGCAAACUAACCGACCCACUUCUCAGAGGUUCGAAAUCUCCGACUCUCCAUCUAGAGCCGAGCUCAAAAGUGACGAUCCAAUGGCAGAUCCGAUUCCAGAUAAUAGACUUGAACCAUCAGAUCCUUGGCUCGGAGGAUAUCCACCAGACGAUCCACCAUAUCCACCCGAAGGUUGAUAGGGCUGCUGAUAACCUGGCUGAUAACCUGGUUGGUAACUCGGUUGCUGGUUUCCUCCCCCUCCAAGAACUCCACCCAAAAUCGAACCGAGGGUUCCACCAAAUGCAUCGCUCCCCCCGGAUUGUUGAUGUCCGUAAGAUGGCUGAUGGCUACCACCGCCACCUCCGCCUAAAAGUUUAGAGAUAUGGAAUGGUUGACAUAAACUGUAAAUGAAUUAUGUCCAUAGCAAUUGCUAACGUACCAAGGGCACCUAGGAUGGAUCCAAGAACACCACCACCACCGCUGGAAUCAUGAGAAGGAUAUCCACCGCCCUGUGAAUAGGAUCUAUUGUCCCCUUGCAGAGCACUACUAGCUAAGCUGCUCGCCAAGGCAGUACCGAGUGAAGCCAUAUCUAGACCUGCAAAGCCUCCUCCUUCUUUUUCUGAUUCCGUCUUGGUAGCAUCAGAUUUCUCAUGGUCCUGUUCAUGUUCUUUCUUUUUCUAAAGAUAUUUGAAUGCUAUAAAAUAUGUACACCUGUUGUUUCAUAAUAUUUUACCUAGAUUAUACUCACAUUAAUAGCAUGCAUAGCUGCCGCAACGCCUCCCACCGCAACUAGUCCACCAAGCGCAAGACCAACUUUAUCCAAACAACCACCAAACGCUUCUUCUUCUUCGGGUUUUUCGUAACCUGGCUGAUAUCCGUAAGCUCUUGGUGGAUUGUAACCACCAGAUCUACCGUAAAUUAUAUUAUACGUAUUCCGAUGUACCUGGAGGUCCAAAAUUAGCUGGUGGAACGUCAGGGAUAAUGGGUGCUCUAGGAGACGAUGGUAUACCAUCGGAUCCGCCUUCAUAUCGAAUGGAUUCAACUUCAACAUCACCAUCAAUAACCAAGGUUGAUCGCACAAAAUUAUUAUCUCGAAUCCCUGGCCAGGUGUGAGCCAAAGUGGGCCUUCGUUUUCUU